AUGGAGGUACAAUAUGUCUACACGAAAAAGAGGUCUGAGUUCGGAAGACAUGCGAACUUCUCUGAUAGACCAGCUGAAUCUCAUGUUGAUAUUGCUCCAGAUCCGGAGGUCCGAAAGAAUUUCCUUCACAGAGACCCUUGCCAUGCGGAAGUACAGGCAUCGUACCCAAUGUCCGAACAUUACAUCAACACAGAAGUAACUCAGACAGUUUCAACCGCGUCAAAUCACGUUGAAGGCGGCUGGCCAAAAGACGUCAAUCCAAACGAAAUGGAACAAGUCGCCAGAUAUCGAAAGAAAGUCGAAAAGGAUGAGGCGUAUAUCCAGACGAUUUUGAAGCUCGCCGCCAUAGCUGAAGACGUGAUUAGGUCAAAUAAUGCGAUUGAUAUUUAUGAGGACUACUCGUUUGAAGAAGAGGAUGACACGGAUUAUGAUGCGACCCCGCGUGCUAGAACGGUCAACGUAUUUCGCGAUCCUUGCGAAAAGAAGCGAUCUGCUGUUCACAUGUCCUGGCACCCCGACGGGGCAGAACGGCUCGUCGCUGCGUAUUCCGACAUUAGCUUUCAACAAGGCGACAGUGGCUUUUCAUAUGAUUCGUAUGUUUGGAACUCUAUCAAUCCUAACAAGCCCGAGAUGAUUCUCCGGCCACCGGCUCCUUCUGUUUGCGUUGAGUACAAUCCGAAAGAUGCGCACGAGAUUCUCUCUGGUUUGAAAUCGGGACAAGUCUGCAUCUGGGACACGCGAAGAGGAGGUGUUCCAGUGAUGGCUUCUAAUAGAGAUGUCUCGCAUCGAGAUCCCGUCCAUUCCGCUCUUUGGAUGCAAUCUAAGACUGGGAAGGACUUUUUCUCUGGCUCAACUGAUGGUUUGAUCAAAUGGUGGGACGCUAGAAAGCUCGAUCAGCCGCUUGAGGAGCUCAUUUUGGAUGUGACGAAGAAUAUGGACAUUUCUAAGGCGCUUGGUUGCGUUAGCCUUGAGUUCGAGAACACGAUGCCAACAAAAUUCAUGGUCGGAACUGAGCACGGUCGAAUUAUCUCCUGUAACCGAAAGGCGAAAACUCAACAAGACAAGAUCGCUGCGGUAUUCUCAGGCCACAUCGGCCCCGUUUAUUCCCUCCAACGAAAUCCCGUGUUCCCGAAGAUGUUCCUGUCAGUCGGCGACUGGUCAGCAAAGAUCUUCAGCGAAGACAUUCGAGACGCUGCUAUUUACAGUACUCCAUCGCAGCAGUACAACUUCACAUCCUCCUGCUGGUCCCCAACUCGUCCAGCCGUUUUCUACACAUCUGAUCUUUAUGGACACGUGGAUGUUUGGGAUCUCAUGUCUGGACACUUCAGCCCCUCUCUCCGAGUCAAAGUCAGCAAUACAGCCAUCAGAAAUAUCUCCGCGCAUUCUAGCGGAUCCCUCCUCGCAUGUGGCGCCGAUAAUGGCGAUCUGAUUGUGCUGCGUGUUUCUGAAGGUCUCUCAACGAAACAAAAACUAGAGAGAGAGACUUGCUCGGCUCUCUUUGAGCGAGAAAACAAACGAGAGAAGAUCUUGGACUCCAGACAGCGAGAACUGCGACUGAAAGAGAGGCAACGAUCCGGCCAAGUUCGCGACGAAGGAGAGACUAAAGAAGAGGAUGAAGAUGGGGAUAUCAACGCAAACGUUAUGGAGGACUUUGAGCGUCAUCUGAACCAAGAAAAGAAGAAGCUCUCGCCCCUCGAGCAAUCGCUAAUGCUUAAUCAAACAGAGUCUGCUAGUCACGAAGCCGCCGCACAAGAGAUUGAGACAGAUGAAAAUGACGCGAACGCUGCAGCUCCUACUGAAGCUUGA